GCGUCAAAAGUGGCAGUUAUUUUUAAAUAUUAAUGUCAAAUAUAUAGACUGAAAUCUUUUUUCCUCGUGUGGUUCACACAAUUAUUGCAAUGUUAAAGCGUUUUUAUACUUAAUAUAUUCAUGAAUAAUUUACAAAAAAAUGAAUGUUACGCCUUUGAAAUUUGCAGAUAUUAUUUUUCGCCCACCUUUUAACUGUUUUAGUUGUAAAUCUCCAAAAGGUGGCCUUAAUGAAGAACCUGUGAAAAGAAUUAAAAAAGAUUUGGUUCCAAAGAGUCUGGAUGAGGUAGAGGAUAUAGAUGUAACUAUUAAAGUUCCUGCAGAGCUUGAUAUACAUUUGUUGAGGCCCGAAUUUGACGAUCUAAGAGAACGCAUAGCCAGAAUAUCUAAACGAAGCAAAAAUUGUAUGCAGAGUGGCAAAUUCAAUUUGGAUCAAUGGCGUCUAAUGUUUGAUACUAAAGAAAGAUGGGAAAAUCCAUGUAUUGGUUAUUGCUCGUCUGGUGAUCCGAUUUCAAAUUUAGUGCUACAAUUUUCAAACAAAAAAGAAGCCAUCGAUUUUUGUAAAAAAAAUAAUUGGAAAUAUUUCAGCAGUGAAACACCUACUACAGCAAAGAAAAAGAUAAGAGGAUAUGGAGAUAAUUUUUCGUACAAUAAACGUACCAGAGUUAGUACAAAAUAAGCUAGAGUAAACUAAAUCUUCUUCUACAUGUAUAUUAUCAAACAGUAAAUAAAGUUUCACUACAAUUUGUCUUU